CGCUUCGUUUAAACCCAUUCGAGUGAGUUUAGUAAACAGCCAAUAACCUUUUCUUUGUUCUACAUCAGUGUGUGCCUUUCGCUUCUUCCAUUUUGAGAAUGUCUAGCUGUGGCAGCAAGUGUGGAUGCGGAAGUAGCUGCAGCUGUGGCAGCAACUGCGGUUGCAGCAAGUACUCGUUUGACAUGACCGAGAACACAGCCACAGAGACUCUAGUUUUGGGCGUUGGACCUGUGAAGCCCCAAUUGGAAGGUGCUGAAGUUGCAGCUGAGGACAAUGGCUGCAAGUGUGGAUCAAACUGCACUUGCGACCCAUGCAACUGCAAAUGAGGUGAAGAUAUAUAAAGCUUGAAGCAGAUAUAACUGCAAUAUAUGUAUGAAAAGUACACACUUAAUAAUAAUAAGUUUGUGUUGUGUUCAAUCAACUCGAUUUGAAGUUUCAUAAUAAAGUGGGCAUGGCUAGCCUUAUUGCAAGUUCAAAUGCUCUGGGAUUUGUUGUGGGUGUUAUAAGCUAUGGUCACUUUGUGUUUGUUCUGGCUUAUAUAAAUUAUGUAGUUUGAAUCAUCAAUCACUAUGUGCUUAUAAAUGGAAUACUAUUGAUGUUGAUCUCUAA